AUACAUGUACUCUGCUUUAUACCCAAACGUACACCUCACAUACUGAAACCCUGAAGGUACCUGACUCGAAAAGGUGUCACUGGUACCCGCGAAGAAUAAAAAGGACAAGUGGCACGUUUCACCUUACCACCACCAACCAGUGGACAAAUACUUGACUCUAGACUUUUUGUGGACCCCCCUUCUCGACAACAAAUUACAAUCCUGCAAUUUAAUGGGCCAUGACCGCACUCGACUGGUCUGAGUGCAAACAUUCGAUUGGUUCACCCCCAACAACAAUUGGCAGUAUGACAAGAGCCAUUGUGUCUGAUCCCCAAACUCCGCAAUUGUCAAGAGCUGGUUGUUGACGGCGAGGCACUCUGUCCAUUGUGCCGUGCCCGCUCCAGCGUGGAAAUUGCCUCGCAACUUUUGUCGCACCCGGUCGAUCGUCCGUGAGAGGGGCACAGAAACGAGCGCUUAUCGGGAUUCACGAGGCUAAAUAACCCAGCGAGGAUGCUACUGAAAGUCCCAAAUUCGACUAAGUACAGGACGCUGAGCGCGCACUGCUGGAAACAAGCAUGGCGGAGAAUUUGCUUACGAGUUGAAAGAAAUAAAGUCGUCAUUUGAUUGCUCCCUUUGCAGCAACUGAGGGACACUUCUGAGCUCGCUUCAUAGACAGACUAUCAAGAACAUUUAGUGAAAUGCACAGCUGAGUCACGCAGUUUCUUGCCCUCAUCGGAGAAGUUUGGGGAUCAGUACAACUAUUACGCUCCAGAACAGAACCUGUUUCAACUCCCAUCAUACGCUUGGAACUUCACUUGAGGAGUCCCCAACUGCUGUACGGAGCUUUGGGAAGUCGAGAUGGAAGAAUCACCGAGAGGCGGAAACGAUCAUUAUGUUGAUUGCUGGACUUGCAGUUAUUACCACGGUGACUCGACAGCAGAAUCUGAAAUGCACUAAACGCUAACGGUGUCGAGACUAUGUAGGAAUUUGUUUAAAAAAAAAACGAACCAGUACAAAGUUUGAUGAUGCUCGGUUUUGAUUAAUCUAGUUUCGGCUUUGCUCAUAAUGGAAAAUCACGUGAUCUCGACUUCAAUAAUGUCUGUAGAGGGAAAGGGCGACACAGGUAAAACGGGUGCAGUAGCCGAUGGUGUGUAAACAGCCAAGACUGGUUCGCCGACUGCUGUUCCUGAAAGAAUGCCAGGUAUAUUCGAUGAACAGUCUUUUGUCGAUUUUCCCGAGGUAUUAGUUUGUAAGAGUGAAAUUGCAGCUCUUGGACAGUUUGGGUUAAAGCGGAGUGUGGACUUGAGGAUCUGGAAAUGACAGCGAUUUAUACAGAAACAAGGUUCUGACCGCAAGAGAAAUCAACGGCGUUACCGCUAAAAACAAGCAAAGAUGUGUGAUUUGUGACAACCACCAGAAAUGUAAAUCAUCAGACACAAUUCGAAAAUCGAUAUGUCGUCUGUCAACAACAAGGGAACUCAAUACGACCCCCCGAAGGCUUCAUCUGAUGAUGCUGAUUUGCCAAAGACGGAUUCAGGUUCUGGACAUGAUCCCCAAAGUUCCCAAUCCCAUCAAAAUGUUGUUGGUGAUGACACAGCAGAAGCGACAGACACUGCGGACGUGACCGGUAUAUCUAGUGACGAAGAGCCGCCCAUUCUGCCUCCGAGGGUGUCGAUAACUCCACGCUCGGGGCUGAAAACAAGAAACACCAACAGACGCCGUAAAAGUCACGAACGACACUCGGGGGCUAUCGACGAACAGACGCUUAACGGCGAGAGAGCCUCGGGUCGCACUGGUACGAUUUCGAGAGACACCAACAAGCCGUUGGAAACCUCCUGCAAACUUUCCCCUCGCCCAGGCAACCCGUUGCCAAACUCAGGGAAGAUUUCAAAGGUGAUCGGGAAGCAUACACGAAAAGAUGAAGCACCUCCCGUGGCAUGGACGGCGGAGUAUCGCAGCAAACUAAGCAAGGAGGACCGACUGAUGAGACUGCAGAUCACAUCUCAUAACUCUCACCCUGAGUGUCUCAAGCCAGCGUCAGCAGCAGGGCUAACGCGACGACUUACCCUCGGAAAUUAUCUACCAAAUCUGUCCUCUGCCCAGUUCGUCGUUAAAAAUGAAGUGAAUUUCUGGCCGUCCGCUCGUCGACAGACUGAGGGGGUUGGACGAAGCGAAGAGCGUGUGACCUACUCACGACAUGCAGUGCGGGGGACAGGUAUACACUCUGCCAGAUUAAGGACAGAUGAGGGACGUCGACGGUCCAACUCAACUCCCAGACUGCCACCGGCUAGGAAAGGAACUAUCAUGGCCCACAGAGUAUCACUAGUGUCUAGAUCGGCAGACCAGUCAUUCCGAGCAGUGCCGAACUACACUAGACCCGCUUCAGAACUUGCCCACGAAACGUCCCCUGUCCCAUCCGCCAAACAAGCCAGGCUCCAACGCUACCACAUCUCCAAGGAAGACCUGAGCAAACCGAUUGAGCGCGUAGCGACCGCUAACAAUCCACCCCCGCCGGCCUCGGAUGCGUCGGAUCCCACGCCGUCCGAAUACGAACAAGCCACAGGGAAAGUCCACGCGUGGAUCACUCACCGGGAACGUCUGAACGGAUCGCAAACCAGCCCCGAGACGAUGCCCAGUAUGCAAAGGGUUUCAUGGAAUGCGGGGAUCAGUCCCCUGCGGAGAGAUAUGAUGCUACCCUUGAGAAACGCGCAUCCCUUUGUGCGAUCAACUCUGACCGUGGGGAACUUCAUGUCGGACGGAAUGGCCAGUAAAGGUGUGUCGGCUCGGGCGGUCGCACUACGAAUGGGCAGUGGCAGGGGACAGAUAAGCAUUCCCUCCUAACAUUCAGUUUAUAAACAAGUCAUUGUGAACAUCAAUGUCAAAUCACAUCCCUAAACAGCCAAACACUUAUUUUUGCAGGGGAUACAGUCUGUAACGUUGAAGUGGCCACAAUGCUGUAUUCUAUUUGCAACUCCACAAAGUUCUCUUUUUAUAAACAGAGUCAGGUGCAGCAAAUACGCUAGACACUUAUUUUUUUCUCAUUAAAGGCUCUGUAAUGGUUGGAUUUUUUUCUUUAAAGAGUGCACGGCCCUUCGCACCUCACGACCCGCACGUCGUUUGUUACGUUAUUGCCGCGCAACGACACCGACUCCUGAUCAAAGUUUGCUAGUUUUGAUAAGCAUCGAAAAAAAUGCUGUAAAAUGGACUAGACACUUGUCAAAGAUACAGCUGUGCAAUAUUAGCUUCCAAUAUAAAUUUACACUACUUUGCUUAAAAGCUGUGCUGUGCACUCUUAUCGUAAUAGUUUUAUGACAGUUUUGACAAGGUGGACGAUUGUUGAGUGAGUUCAAGCACUUUAGCUGCAGUAGACAUACAACUAAACAUUCAAGCAGCAGUGUUUGCCUGAUCGUCGCAUAAAAAUUAUCCUUUCAACUGGUGUACUUUUCAUGACAGGAACAUUUUUUGCCAUCAAUAGCUUUAAUUGGCUUAGAUCGAUCUGUUUAUAAAUACAAGAUUUCGUAAAUUUACAUUAUACUCGACGUUCAACAACCUCUGAAUUGCUAUCGACUAUGCUGAUUUAACAUAAAUAAAAUUAUUCAUAUUCUGACGACAGGGUGACUCACCGAGUGACUGACCCCUGAUCUUUCUGACUAUUCUAAGAACUGCAUCGUUUUGUAUCAUAACCAAAUGAUUAUUUCAGCUUCAAAUCUUCGACAAGGACUCACAUUUUUAGAGGACGCCAUCUGCCGUUCCACAGUCACAAAUAUAAACACCCGACGACUCUUACAUGCACAUCA